AUGGCUGGAUUAAGCCCACAUCAAUUGCCGAGCAUUGUUGCUUUACCAAGUUUGUACAUCUACGUACCAACUAAAAAUGAAACAUUAAUUUUAGGGCAAGGUCAUUGGGUAUUUAGGGCGGGAUUCGGUCUGACUCAAAUGCUAUAACUUUUCAUUGUCUUAGGAUAAUACAAGCUACGACUCUGCAAUUUGGACUGCAAAAGGAAAUGACCAGACCAACUUCAAUUCACAGUUCUGGAGUGCUAACGUUACGGAAGUAUGCUUGACUUCGGACGCUUUUAGUAUUCGAUUUUCCGUUAAUAAUGUCCAGGCUCCAUCACUUCUCAGUUUAUUUUUUCAAAAGAACACAUUAAAUAUAUCCAAAGACCUGUGGAAUGAUGCUUUGGAAGAUGGCAUCGCAGAUCCAGCCUUCGAGGAAAAUUGUUAUGAAACUGGUUUCAACGUUGGCGAUCCGAAUUAUAUUCAGGCUCGCAUAGGAAUUGUCAACCUUGACAACCCAGGUAGGAGACAGCUAUCUAAUAUAAACUGGUGGGAAUUUUCUUUGAGCAUGCGCGAAACAUAGUAAUUACCACGCUCCCACACAAGCAGGCGUGCGAUAUGCAUGUAAAAUAAAUUUGUACCCCAAGUCACCACAAAAAUUGUUAAAAAAACAAAGCAAAAUAAAAUUCGUUCAAAAUGGCAUCUGACGAGCUUCACCACUAGCUAAGGCUAAGUUUGAAAAAAUAGUAACAUUUCUAUAUUUGUUGCGAAGGCAACAUAAAAUUUUCUCCCGUCUUGAAAAUGCCUGCAAAAGAUUUAGUGGCACGACCUGUAACAUGACGAAAUUCGUGUUUCCAAAAUCAAACAAACAUCGUAAAUCCUGAAUGCUCUUCAUCGCAAAUACGCGACGCAUCUUUUGAUCGGAAAUGGUUUCGUUGUUUCGUGGCAACCUCUUCCGCAGUUACUACAGCCUUAAUUGUACGGCAAGCAGCUGCAUGAAAUCUGCAUUCUAGUGUGUGCACAAAUCAAUUCUAAUUUCAAAGUUUAAUUUCAUUUAUAGGAACAGGAUGUACACCUUCAGGACCACAAGCCAUCGGUGUGGGUAUAAAGGUUGCUGGACAAGGUUAUGGCAGCGUGCAUGGUGUUGUGGCUGGUAAUACUACUGAAUAUCACGACGUCAGUGUUUAUGUCCGUUCAAAACCUGACCCCUGA